CAGGCCUUCGCCGUUUCGCGUAGCAUCACCACCCCACACCCGUCUCUUUUUCUCUCUUUCUCUCUCUUUCUCUUUCUCUUUCUCUCUCGAUUUUCGUCUUUCCCCUUCUCGCUUGUUCGCUCGCUCUUCGAUUUCUCUCUCCCGUUAAAUCUUCGCCGGCUCAAAAUCCGUUCAGAAAUCUCACCGUUUCGCCAAUUCACUCCUACCUCAUACACAGAUCUAUAUGUUAUCCGAAUUGUUGGUCGACGAAAUCGUUUCAAACACACAUAGCCCUAAUUCAAAUCCAUACCCGUCGAUUACUUCUCGAUCGUUUAAACUUAUGUAUUUCGGUGUUUCUCUUGUUCUAUAGCCGAUCUGGAGGUGUCGAGGUGCUACUAUAUCCCAUGAUCAAUCGUUUCAACCACCUAGGGUUUCUGAUUAAAUAGAAAUUGGAAAAGGGGAUCACAAAAUUGGCUCCGGUAAUUCAUGGUUCUCGUCGCGCGGUACGAACAACAAGAUUUGAUUAUAAAGAAAAGCGAUAUCUUGGAUUAUGAUGAUGGAAGAAGGCUAUUAUGUAUGGGCGGUGGGAAGGUGAGCUGUGGUUCCACCGGCGGCACAUGUGGCCGGUCCCAUCUUCCUCCAAGCCAUCUGUAGCUGCUCCUUCCAAUUCCUUCGUAUUGAUUGACACUAACUCUUUCUCCAAAGAUGGUCGAACGAUUCAUGUUGGUGACUGUGCUCUCUUCAAGCCAUCCCACAACUCCCUUCCUUUUGUUGGACUAAUCCACAUAAAACUCAAAGAGGGUGCUUCAUUAGAAGCAGCACCAAACGAAAUCUUCUAUUCCUUUCACAAGGAUGAAAUACCUGCUGCAUCAUUACUCCAUCCGUGUAAAGUCGCAUUCCUUCCUAAAAAUCUUGAACUUCCUUCAGGGAUAUCCUCAUUUGUGUGCAGACGAGUGUAUGAUAUUGAGAGCAAGUGUUUAUGGUGGUUAACUGAUCAAGACUACAUUAACUCUUGUUUGACACAGGAAAGACAACAAGAAGUAGACAAGUUAUUAGAUAAGACACGUGUAGAAAUGUAUGGAGCACUACAAACACAAACUGGAGGGCGUUCUCCAAAACCCUUGAAUGGUUCACAGCUAAAACCUAGUUCAGAUAAUGUACAAAAUAGUUCAUCCUCCAUUUCAUCACAUGCUAAAAGUAAAAAGAGAGAUCACGGGGUCCACAAAUCCAAAGUAGACGAUGCAGAUUCUGGUCAACUUAGACCUGAACACAUAAUAAAAACCGAAAUUUCCAAAAUCACUGAUAAAGGAGGAUUGAUGGAUUUCCAAGGAGUUGAAAAACUAAUCCAACUCAUGAGACCCGAAAACACUGACAAGAAACUCGACUUAUCUUCCCGAACAAUGCUUGUUGAUGUCAUAUCAGUUACUGAAAGAUUUGAUUAUUUAACUCGGUUUGUUCAAUUAAGGGGUUUGUCAGUUUUGGAUGAAUGGCUUCAAGAAAUCCACAAGGGUAAAAUCGGCGAUGGGAAUGGGAGUCCAAAAGAAAACGAUAAAUCCGUUGAAGAUUUUCUUUUUUCUCUACUUCGUGCCCUUGAUAGGUUACCUGUGAAUCUUCAUGCUUUACAGACUUGUAAUGUUGGGAAAUCUGUGAAUCAUUUAAGAAGCCAUAAAAAUUCAGAGAUUCAGAAGAAAGCAAGAAGUCUAGUCAGCACAUGGAAGAGACGUGUGGAAGCUGAAAUGACAAUGAUUGAAACAAAAUCUAGUACAAGUCGAGGUGGCUCAUGGCCAAGUAAAUCAAUGAUGUCUGAUGUUUCUCAUUUAGGAAACAGACGUUCUACUUCCACCUCUCAACCUUCCCCUUUAAAAUCCCCACAACAACCAAAAGUUAAUAAUAAUAAUAAUAAUUCCCGGUGAACCUGCCGCCAAAUCUCCCGCCGAUAAACUGGCGGCAACGGGC